AAAGUGUCAGAGUGAUGUAUGCUCAGGGGAUCUUUGCCCUAUUUCCCUAUCUGGAGGACCAAAACAUGGAUAUGAGCAUUACUAUGAUCCAGAGAGCGGUUCAGGAUACCUUGCUUGGCGUUUAAAGACUAUUCAAAGAAAAACUGCAGAGGAAAGGGGUGCCUCAGGUAGCAAAUCUCCCAAAAGUGGUGGACCAGGCCAUGGUCAAUCCAGGGUUUUCACUGCUGACAAAGUGCUGUCAGAUGAGGAAGUGGAAGCAGCUAUUGCUGUUUUGAAACACUCUGCUGAUGAUGACACUGUCCGUGAGAAGAUGAAGGCUACCUUCCAUUACCGUCAUUCAAUGGUCAAUGAUGAAAAGAAAGCAGCAGAUGUCUUCUCUGUCUUUCCAAGAUUUCUGGAGACACCAGGACUGAUAGAACAAGAUUUCAGACUCCUGUUUGGUGAAGGCACUGCCAAUAAAGUUUUGGAGAAGUGGCCCACCAGUCUCAAAUCCAAGGUUAUAAAGGAAAGCCAUGGCCUGGUACCCACCACUGAGCUCUUGGAUUUAUUGCGGAAUGCAGAGUUGGCUGCUGAAGCUGAGAACGGUUGGGAUAGUGACAUGUCUGCUAUUUUGCUUCUGCUGCAUCUGCUACCACCAUCUGCACAAGGACGAAAGAGGCCGAGUAAGAUGUCUGCAUCUCAAGCAGUGGAUCACCUCAUCAGAUUUCUAAAGGUUGGAACCAGUGUGCAGCAGCAUCUUGACAAAAUCACCCAACGUACCCAGCCCUACCUCCUUGACCAGGGAUCCAUCCAAAGCAGUAUUCACCCAUUCUUCAUUGUGAUUGACAACUAUGCUAUUCCAUGUAAGGCAACAUGUUCAGUUGGAGCUCUUGAUGAGCUCUUUAAGACCCAUUAUGUGUUUGGUACGUCAUACAGUGCUCCCUUGACCAACUUAUUGAUUUAUUUAUUUAUUUGAAAUGCCUGUCUUUUACCAGAUCAAGUCUGUGUUCAUAGUUAAAGACAAAUUGUUGCUGCUUACAUUGCCUUUAUGUACAGUAUCUUUUUUAAUGAACAUUUUCAUGCUUAUGAAGUUACUAAAAUGAUGCAAGGUUUUGUUGUGUUUGAUGUCAACCAUCUAUGUUAUCCGAAGCCCUUUGACAUACAAAUGUCAUAUGAAGCAAAUGACACUGCUCUUUUUGUUUGUCCCGUAUUGCUAUCUUUGGUGAACAUUGUUUUGAAGAUGGUUAAACUGACACUGUUACAGUAAUUAUGUC